AUGGCGUACAGGAGGAGGCAGCAACAGCAAGUGGGUAGGGUUUCUACAACUCUAAGAGCAGAUGUUACUGAAAGUUCGAAAAACUAUAAUCACGAUUUUGCCCCUCCACCGACGGCGCCGGAUGACAGUUCCUCGUCGUCCUCUUCUUCCUCGCUCGUCGCUAAAGCCAUCAGAGCUUCGUCUGCGUACAGGGAUUCGUCGCUUUCUUCGGCAUAUGGACAGUCCGCACUCUCUUCUCCUCGGGAGUCAAUACCAGUUCUGUCCUCUCCAUCCUCCAAUAAGGAUUCAUCCGCUCAUGAAUACACAUCAAUGAAAAAUAUGAAUGAACCUAAGCAAAGAUUUUGGGGGGUGCUGGCUAGGAAAGCUAAAGCAAUUAUUGAUGAUGAUAAUGCAGCUCAACCAUAUGACACACCGGGAAGAACAAAUUUUGAGACGUCAGAUAAAUCAGCAAAGGAUCAGAACCCAUACAACUCUUCGCAAAGCCAUCGAAAGACAGACAGCCGAUCACUUCAGAAGGGACUAGAUGCUAUUGCAUCAUCUCUUAAUUACAUUGGUGGCACAAUUGGUAAUGCUCUUGAGGAGGGUCUUACAACCGUGGAGAACCGCACUGCCGACAUCAUUCAAGAGACUCGCAAGAUUCAGAUAAGGAAAAAGAACAAUAGUUCCAAAUCACAGAAUCAGACUUCUAAUAUUGAUAGCUUACGGCAACAGCCAAUGAUGCAGACCCAUACGCAUACCGAUUUGGAAACCCAAUUGAAGGCAUCUCGCGACGUUGCAAUGGCAAUGGCUGCAAAAGCAAAACUUCUCCUGAGAGAGCUGAAGACGGUAAAAGCUGACCUGGCUUUUGCAAAGGAACGUUGCGCACAGCUAGAAGAAGAAAAUAAAGUCCUAAGGGAGAGCCGUGAAAAAGGAGACAACCCAGAAGAUGAUGAAUUGAUAAGGCUUCAACUUGAGACUCUUCUAGCUGAGAAAGCUCGACUGGCACAAGAGAAUUCAGUUUAUGCACGGGAGAACCGUUUCUUAAGAGAGAUUGUUGAGUACCACCAGCUCACCAUGCAGGAUGUAGUGUAUUUGGAUGAAGGUAGUGAAGAGGUAACUGAAGUCUACCCGGUCAAGGUAUCUACAGGCGAUAAUCAACAGCCCUUUGGCACAUUAACAUCCCUCUCUCCUUCUCCUUCUCCUUCUCCUUCUCCAUCUCCUACUCCUACUGUUCCCACUGGGGCAAUUUCACAUGUGACUCCGGACGUCUCUCUUCGUGUUGUGCCAUCCCUCGAUUCCAAAGAGGUCCCUGAAACUAUUACCUCACCAAACCCCUAUAUCCACAUGCCAGCAGAAGAUCUGAGAAGAUACUGA